AUGAUUUUCGGUAUCACUGUGCUUGUGAUAUCCUUUUCCUUCUUGGUAUAUCACCAUCCGCCGCGGACAUGGGCUGCGUUCCUGCGGGAUCUACAGACGAAGCGCAUCCCGCCACCAGGGUCCACAAAGCCGCAAGAUGAAUCAAACAAGGAGUCUCGCGCGCCAGAGCCGCCAAAGCCUUCGCCGCAGGAACAGCCUCCCAGACCCGCGACUCCGGUGAAGAUUCAGCUUCCAGAUGCCACAUCCGAAGAGGCCGCCGACUCCUCGCAGACCACGCCCAAAGCCUCGGGCUUACCAGCCGUUCCAUCUUUUGCCGUAGCAGAUCAUGACGAUGCGAAAUCGGAUUCCGAAGACGAAGACAACCUGCCCCCGCCCCAGUUCCCCGCGCUGAAUUCCGCGCAACGAGCCUCCGGCCCCGCACCCCGCGCUCCGCCGACUCUGAAACCACUUGAGAGCCCCGCCGCCCCCUCUCUCAUGCUUCCACCCGCGCGUCCUAUGCCGAAUAGCAGCCUCCAGGCUCAGCGCGGAGGAGGACUUAUGCCGCCUCCUUCGCGCCCAACCCCCGCUCCUCUCCGCGGUCCCUCUGGCCCUCUUCCGAACAGAGGGCCGUCCGGUGGUGGCAACAGCUUAGGCCUCCCCACGACAGCUCCCGUCAAGGUGCCAAACCCACGGCAGAAGGUGCUUUUGACGCCGGGACAUUCUCCCCUCGAUUGGGCCGCGCUUUGCAAGUCCUCGACGAACUUGUCAGGAGUUAGCUCUCUGCAGCGCGUAACGCCCUCGAUGCUGAAGGCGCAUAAUGGGCGCAAGAACAGGGCGACGGGAGAGGUCAUGCCGGCUUGGUCUAGCUACGGGGGCAAGGUAUACAAUAUCACGCCGUAUCUGCCGUUCCAUCCGGGCGGAGAGGGAGAGCUGAAGCGCGCGGCAGGAAAGGAUGGCGAGAAGUUGUUCCACGAGGUGCAUCCGUGGGUUAACUGGGACAAUAUGCUGAGCGAUUGCGUUGUUGGAAUACUAGUGCCGGAACACGGGACUGAAGAAAAUGCGAGUGAGGGUGGAGGGUUGGAUGAUAUGGAUUGAACGGCAGUGCGACUUGCACAGUCAGAGGAGGCUUCAAAGACUCUUUGCAUGAUACCCGAGCAUAGGUUUAGAAGGAGCGACGGCUAUUUGAUAGAG